AUGGCAUCGCCCGUCGUCCUCAGCCCACGGCCUAAUCCGCCUGGCGCGGUCAUGUCUACCGCGAGCAAGACGAGGACCCUCGCCCUCCCAAGCCACACCACCAAGCCCGUCAAGUCGCCAGCGCCACCCGCGCCCGCCACGAUAGCCGGCGACGGCGGCAUGGACCUCGCAGAGCAGAUGAACGACCGAGUACGGAGCCAGUUCGUCAUGGGUCCACGAUUAGGAGAGGGUACCUACGCCGUUGUAUACCAAGCGCACUACCGCGACAACCCCAAGCACAUUGUCGCCAUCAAGAAGAUCAAAUACAACGCCGAGUACCCCAACGGCAUCGCCCCCGACGCCAUCCGCGAAAUGCAAUUCCUCUUCGAAAUGUCACACCCCAACGUCAUCAAACUCCACGACGUCUUCUCCACCAAAGAACAAAACCUAUCCCUAGUCCUCGAGCACCUUCCCCUCGGCGACCUCGAGAAGCUCUGGAAGAACAAAGAAAUUACAUACACAAAAGCAGACAUCAAGGCCUGGCUGAACAUGCUCUGCCAAGGAAUAUGGUUCUGCCAUGAGAACUUCGUCCUCCACCGCGAUAUCAAAGGCAGCAACGCCCUCAUCGCCGCAGACGGCACCAUCAAAAUCGCCGAUUUCGGUCUCGCACGCAGCUUCGCGGACCCAGGCGUCAAAAUGACCACCAUGGUCAUAACGCGCAUGUACCGGCCCCUCGAGCUGCUCUACGGCUGCUCGCACUACGGCGGAACAGCAGACAUGUGGAGCAUAGGCGUUCUCAUGGCCGAACUCUGCAAGCGCGACUGGUUUCUAUAUUCCGACACGGACAUGCGCCAGGUCUCUGUCAUCUGCGAGAAAUUCGGGACUCCGACGGAAGAGACGUGGCCGGGCGUUACGUCUUUGCCUUACUACGUCGCCCCCGAUAAACAGACGGGACCGCAGGGUACUACUGCGUUCAGACAGACCCGCCCGCGUAGCUGGUGGAAGCAAGAGUUCCCCACCCUCGGAGAUGAUGGGUGCGAUUUCAUCAGGGGCUUGUUGACGCUGGAUCCGCAAAAGAGGUAUACAGCAAGGAAGGCGCUCGAGGAUAAGUGGUGGACUAAUGCGCCGCGUCCGACUAAGAAGGAGAAUUUGCCAAAGGAAGGUGGGGGUACCAAGGCUAUGGGUGAGGAUUUGAAGCGGAGAGGGGGAGAAACGCCUGCGAAUGGUCGUGCUGAUAAGGUGGCCAGGAAGCUGGAUUUCGGGUCCAUGGGCUGA